AUGGCCAAGUCCAAGAACCAUACCAUACACAACCAGUCCCGAAAAUGGCGCAGAAAUGGUAUGAAGAAACCCCAAUCACAAAGAUAUGAAUCUCUUCAGGUGGUGGACCCCAAGUUCCUGAGGAACAUGAUCUUUACCAAGAAGCACGAUAAGAAAGACCUAAAGAAGAUGCAGGCUGGCAAGGCCAAGGCCAUGCAUACACGUGCCGAGGCUGCCACGGUCCUCAUAAAGCCCCAGGAGGUGAAGCCCAAGAUCCCAAAGGGUGUCAGCCACAAGUUAGAUCGACUUGCCUACGCUGCCCACCCCAAGCUUGGGACAUGUGCUCGUGCCCCUAUUGCCAAGGGGCUCAGGCUGUGCCGGCCAAAGGCCAAGGCCAAGGAUCAAACCAAGGCCCAGGCUGCAGCUCCAACUUCAGUUCCAGCUCAGGCUCCCAAAGGUGCCCAAGCCCCCACAAAGGCUUCAGAGUAGAUAUCUCUGUCUGCCAACGUGAGGACAGAAGGACUGGUGAGACCCCGUCCCCCCAGGCUGCCAUCUGCAUGGGGCUGGGGUCCCCCUGUGCU